GCUCCUCCUCGCGCACUCUUUCGCCGCCACGCAAACGGCAAGGAAGAUCGAAGACAGGGAGAAGGUCCCUGCCGGCGCGACCUUAGCACUCGGGGUCUUCACUCUCUCCGAAGUUCGUCUGCUCACUGAGUUCCUCACAGGGGCGCUCUUCCAGCAGUUCCUGCUGUAUCAGUGCGUGCUCGUGGCGCCCCAGGAUAAUGUCACUACCAUGGUGGAAGUUAGCGUGCCCCCGCCCGCGCUGCCGCCAAACCUGCAAGUAGCGAAGCCGAAGCCGAAGGGCGCCAAGAACCCCAAGGUUGGGAUCAGGGACAGCGGCAUCAGGAGGACCGACUCGUUUCCUCGGCAGAUUUCGAGGCAGCCCGAGGCUGGCGAUGCAACGCCCUCUGCAGCGGCUGAGCCGGGCGCCUCCUUGGACGAGACGCUGUCACAGCUGCCGCAGGACUUGUCCGUGGAUGCCCACCAUGAGGAAGCCACGAAAGUAGCGGAGGCGACGGCAGACAACUUCAUCAAGCGCCAUGACGAGGCGGGUGGGAGCUGA